GUGUGUUCGCUGCGGAUUCUUAUGAACGUCUAGAACAUUCACGUGUCUGGGCACGUCUCAGGGACACAGAGAUUGUGUGAUACAUCUCAGUCCAAAGCCAGGAGCUUUAAAAGCAUAGGAUUCUGUUUCAUUCCUUAACGGCAAAUAAAGAACAUGUGGGUGUUAAAUUUCACCUCGCUCGCUGGAUUGGUGAAUGUGCUGAUCAGAGUGGAAUAUUUACCUGCCUCACUUUCAACAAACAGACACGCCCAGUCUGUGAGUCACCACACACACACACACACACACACACACACACACAUAGUAUGACACUUUACCUUCUCAGUGCAGAGAAGAAAGAAAGGUAAAGGCACUUGAACUGACAUACGCAUGGAGAAAUAUAAAUAUAGACAGAUAGAUAGAUAGACAGAUACAGACACGACGGAGGAAUGCAGGCUGAAACUAGAGAAACUGAGGAACUGGAGCUGAAAAUUCCAGACUCGGAUUUAAACGGCGUGGAAAAUGACCUGAAAAACACAAACGACUUGGAGGACGGAGUGAACAGAGAUGAGGAGGCCGUGUUGCUCUGGGUUCCCUCCGGACGCAGGCUCAUUUCUGGACUCUUUGGGAUCAACGUGGUGCUGCUGGGAGCCGCGCUGGUCGCUGGAGACACUCUGAACCCGGUCGGACUUCACCAUCACGAGCCAGAGGUGUUUCUGCUGCUGCUGAUGGGGUUCAGUGUGGCGUGGAUGCUGUGGUACCUGCUGUGGUCACGACGGCAGCCUGGAGCCCCUCCGCACACUGAUCACCACGCAGGUGGAGUUACAGUCACUGUGGUGCUCACGCUGUUUGCAGGAUUCAGUCUGUUACUGUGUGUGUUUAUGAUGGCGUACAGCAUCAUGAUGGCGAAAUGUCAGUCGUUAGCUAAAGUGCUUCUACCCUUCAUCCAGACUCCAUUCCUCAUCCUCCAGACCUACUUGCUCUGGUCUCAUUCCAAAGACUGCAUCCACAAACACAAAGUCCUCACCAGGUCUGGACUAAUGAUAAUCCUGUGCACAGACGUCUUGUUAUGGCUGAAUGCAGUAACAGAAGAUACCAUCCACAUAGAGAUCGAACUGGAGAGAAAGUUCAACGAGUCCAUCAGCAAAGUGAAGACCUACGAGGACAGUGAGAGUGAGAUGGAAUGUAAGUGCAGAAGGCAGCCAGUCUGCAUCGCUCUGCGUAAAGGCUACGAGGUCCUGUACCCGUUCAACAUGGAGUUCAGUCUCCUGGCUGGCUGCAUGCUUUAUGUCAUGUGGAAGAACGUGGGGCGUCAUGUGGGCGAAACCGACUCAGGCCACGCCCAGAAGAUCACAUUGCGGAUUGUGCGUCAUGGCGGCAUCCUGUUCGGGCUGAUCUUCGGUGUGUUGGUGCUGAUCUCCGGCAUUGUGGUUUUCCUGCUGUACCAGGUGUGGGUGGGGCAGAAGGAGCGGCGUCUGGACGCUUUUCUCAUGUUUUACUACUUUCACAUUUGCGUGAUUCCUGCCAUGGUUCUGUGCUCACUGGCGGGAACGCUGGUGUACCGCUGGAAGGAGAGGAAAGGCCAUUGCCUACAUCAAGGUGGCAAGGCUAAAGGCGAAGGAGGCGUGACUAAAAACCCGACGCGCAGUCUGGACGUACUGCUGCUGCUGGGCGCCGGCCUCGGGCAGCUCUUGCUCUCAUACUUCUCCUUGGUGGCUGCUUUGGCUCUCGGUGCCGGAGGCAUUCUGGGAAAUUUACACCUGUCAUACUCACUGUUCAGCCUGCUGGAGCUCAUGCUGCAGAACAUCUUCAUCAUCCAGGGUCUGCACUCUCACGUACACACUCACACACACUCACACACAUACUCCAUCAAGAACGAGGUGGACGGUGAGACAGCUGAGGCGGAGGUCGUCUGUAAGCAAAUGGUGAGGAAAGGGGAGACGACAGACAGAGGAGAAUCGUUCUUAUAUCCGAAACGUGACGUUCAUCGCUGGAGUAAGAGGGUCAUGCAGGAGAUCUGCGCUUUCCUCAUCCUCUCCAACAUUAUGCUGUGGGUGAUCCCGGCGUUCGGAGCACACCCUGAGUUCGAGAGCGGUGUGGGGAAGCAGUUCUUCGGGUUCUCGGUGUGGUUCGUGUUGGUGAAUCUCGGCCAGCCGCUCACCGUCUUCUACAGGAUGCACUCUGUAGGAGCGCUGAUGGAGCUGCUCAUCUCUGCAUGAACACACACACACACACACACACACACACACACACACACACACACACGACACAAUACACAACGUGCCACAAUACAUGACACAAUAAUUUGCAUCUACUGACACGUUCUUCUCUUGAACUGUAGCAAUAAAACAAUCAACACUCGACUGUGUUUGUCUACUUAUUAUUUGACCACUACAUUAUCUAAAACUUGUCAGUUUUGAAGAUUAAGCUCCGCCCACUUGACAAUCACAUCAUGUCAUUUAUCACCUGAAUCGUGUUUCCUGAUAUAUAUCCAGUUAUGUGUCAUUAUGAUAUAAACCACACUGACUAGAGUGCAAACAU